CUCGCUUGCGUCGUUUGGAAACGCGUUAUUUGCGCGCGUAGCUCGUUUAGAGCAGGGUGCCGGGGCGGGUUCGGCAGCGGCGGAUAACGCCGCCGCCUCCUCCUGUCGGGGAGCGGCGUACAAGCGAAUCGAGCGCGCCUAAGCCAACACGGUGUGGGCGUGGCUAAUCGCGCUGACGUCACUCAAUGACAGCUAGCUGUCAGAAAAGUGAGUUCGUUCCCCGGAGCCGAGGAGACGGACGGCGGUCGAUAGGGUUUUUUUUUUUUGUUUUUUUUUUGUUUUGUUUUUUUUUUUUUUGCGGUGCCCUUCCGUUGAUGUACCUCAAGUCGGCCGCACAAUAGACAGGCCCCUUUUCCACCGAGCCCGGCCAUGGACGAGCAGGCAGGGCCCGGCGUGUUCUUCAACAACAAUAACAACCCUGUUUUACCCGGCGGUGGGAAAGGACCGUCGCCCGACAGCGACGCCGGGGAGGCGGCCCGGGCGCAGUACAGUAUCCCGGGGAUCUUGCACUUCCUGCAGCACGAAUGGGCCCGGUUCGAGGUGGAGAGGGCACAAUGGGAGGUGGAGAGGGCCGAGUUACAGGCCCAAAUUGCGUUCCUGCAGGGAGAGAGGAAAGGCCAGGAAAACCUGAAGAAAGACCUUGUGAGGAGGAUCAAGAUGCUGGAGUACGCCCUCAAGCAGGAAAGGGCAAAGUACCAUAAGUUAAAAUAUGGGACAGAGUUAAAUCAAGGCGACAUGAAACCUCCAAGCUACGACUCUGAUGAGGCCAAUGAGAAUGAGGCUCCCGGAUCACUCAACAAUCAGCUGUCUUGGAAGCAAGGCCGCCAGCUCCUCAGACAGUACCUGCAGGAGGUGGGUUAUACAGACACCAUCUUGGAUGUGAAGUCCCAGAGGGUGAGGGCCCUGCUUGGCCUAGCUGGGGAUGCAGGAGGUGGUAAAAAAGGUGACAAGACCAGUGCUCAGCCUUUGGUCAAUGGGACCGACUCAUCAACAAAGGGCAUGGGCACAGGCCCGAGAGGGAAAACGGAGCUCUCUGACACCAGUGCCGUAUUGGAGGCCUUCAAGUUCAUUGAGACUGCUGCAGCGGAGUUCAGUGAUGAAGAUGAGGAAGAUGAUAAUGAGGCAAAAGACAGGACUUUCACAGAGUCUAGGACGAUCAUGAGGAAGAGACCCCCAUCAUCAUCAUCAUCAUCAUCGUCGUCAUUGCCAGCCAGUAUGGACACCAGUGAGGACCCGGAUGCAGAGGAGGCCCUCAAAGGUUUCGACUUCCUGUCCAGCCCGGAUGACAUGGACACCUCAUCAGAGUCCAGAGGCCCGGGGGACGGCACAGACUGGGAGAAGGACGAGCAGGGUCCCAUUUCUGAGGCCUGGGAUGUGGACCAGGGCCUGAUAACCAAACUCAAGGAGCAGUACAGAAAGGAGCGCAAGGGGAAAAAGGGGGUGAAGAGACCCAAUCGGUCCAAGCUGCAGGACAUGCUGGCAAACCUGAGAGACGCCGAGGACAUGUCCCACGUGCAGCCUCCGUCUACAUCUCAAGCCAGGCCCAAGGUGUCCCGCCUCAAUGAGCAUGACGGGAACCGGACAGACGAAGUUGAAGCCCUGACCUUCCCUCCUGCCUCAGGGAAGUCGUUUAUCAUGGGCCCCGAUGAGGCCAUGGAGAAUGAGCUGGGCCUGGGGGAGCUGGCUGGACUCACCGUGGCCAACGAGGCUGACAGCCUGGCCUAUGACAUCGGCAACAAUAAGGAUGCCCUGAGGAAGACGUGGAACCCCAAGUUCACUCUGCGGAGCCACUUUGACGGGGUCCGUGGCCUAGCCUUCCAUCCUGUGGAGCCAGUCCUGGUCACCGCUUCUGAAGACCACACCAUUAAAAUGUGGAACCUUCAGAAGACUGCCCCCGCCAAGAAAAGCGCUUCUUUAGAUGUGGAGCCGAUCUACACUUUCAGGGCCCACAGGGGCGCUGUGCUGUGCGUGGUGAUGAGCAGUACAGGAGAACAGUGUUUCAGCGGAGGGGUGGAUGGAACCAUCCAGAGUUGGAACAUGCCAAACCCCAAUAUUGACCCAUAUGACUCAUACGAGCCGUCGGUGCUGCGUGGGCCAUUGUGCGGGCACACUGACUCUGUGUGGGGCCUUGUGUACAGUAGCGCCCACCAGCGCCUUCUCUCCUGCUCUGCAGAUGGCAGCAUGAGACUGUGGGAUGCAAACAACACCUCCCCUGCCCUCGCCGUGUUCAACGAGAACAAAGAGCUAGGCGUUCCCUCCUCAGUAGACCUGGUAUGCAGUGAACCCGCCCACAUGGUCACCUCCUUCACCAGUGGGCAGAUCAGCAUCUUCAAUAUGGAGACCCGCCAGUUAGUCCUCAACCUGGAGUCCACUUUGGAGCCUGGCGCUCCUUGUCAGAUCAAUAAGGUGUUGAGCCACCCCACCUUACCAAUCACCAUCACUGCUCAGGAGGACAGACACAUUAAAUUCUUUGACAACAACACGGGGAAGCUGAUCCACUCCAUGGUGGCCCACCUGGACGCUGUCACAAGCUUAGCUGUCGACCCUAACGGGCUGUACCUGAUGUCCGGGAGCCAUGACUGUUCGAUCCGUCUGUGGAAUCUGGAGAGUAAAACUUGCAUCCAGGAGUUCACGGCUCACAGAAAGAAGUUUGAGGAGUCGAUCCACGACGUGGCGUUCCACCCAUCCAAAUGCUACAUCGCCAGUGCCGGGGCCGACGCGCUCGCCAAAGUGUUUGUAUGACGUGGAGCUUCCUUCUUGCCCUGCAGCCCCCACGUACUUAAUGCAGCCUCUAAGAUCAGGGACCAAUAGAGACACAGGAGGGGCAAAGGACCUUCAGGCAUGGGCCCAGUCCCACCUUCACAUAGCACUCUCUGGCCGUUGGUUUCCUGUUUGAGUUGCAGACUAUUAAGCCACUGGCUUCAAACACACCCCAACUCUAAAUAGAAAGGGCCGGGGUCAGCUGGGAGGCCUGUUAGGAGGAAAAAGUGCUACCGGCGCACCGCUCCCUCGUCCCCACCUUUCAUCCAGGCAGGCCUGGGUGUGACCGGCCACAGCGCCCUCCAGCCAGAGCCCCUCCACAAAAACUUGCCCUCUCGAGUCAGGAGGGUCAGGACAAGUGUCAACGAUGUGGAUUGGAGAAACGUGGUUUAAAAGAAAAAAAAAAAAGUUCCUCUACCCCAAUGAAAUCCCUCAUUAUAGGACAGGGCCCUUCCUCCAAGUCCAGUUUUGUGUCGUGUCAUUCCAGAGACACGGGGUACUCGAGGCUUGCUAGAGAUCCGCUCCCCAGACUGAUUCUGCCUGCCGGCCUGCCUUUCGUUUUCCUUUUAAAACACUUAUUGACAAACGUGCCUUUGGUUCAAAAAGGUCUCAAAUGUUCUUUUACCAAGCUUCUUUGGUGGGGUCUGUGGAACGGGGAGGUGGGGCCGGAGAGAGAGGCCGUCGCAAUGUUGUCCGUUUUAAGAAAACAUUGGAUGUAAAAUUACAAAUACUUAUAAUAAGCAAAAUAUAUAUUCAGUCUUAAAACUUCUUGUGCAGAGUGAGUUUGAGUGCUCAUUUUUUUGAUAAGUGUGGUUGGGGAAUCAGUUUUGUGCAUUUCAAAGCGACAUUGGCAGAGUGAAACAGACUAUAAAUAAAUAUACUGCCUGUUUAUUAGAUUUUCAGAUAACUAACUCAAGGUGUAACAAACGUGCUCAAGUAAACCAUUUUGGUUAUAUGAUUACAGUUCAGACGUGGUCAUAGGCGUCCAUUUUAGGGGUAAUCAGUUGAUUUUGGCCGGUUUGCUCUUGUUUGAAUUGAAUGGCUUGUUCUCUGUGUAGUUUUCCCCCAGUUGCGGUAUGUGGACAUGCCUGACCGCUGUGCGACGUAUCGAGUCCAGAUAUAUAUACAGUAGUCCGAUGUUUAGCGGGACUUUAGUGCAGUUACACCAACCGAUCAAGAUCUUGUUCAUGUGCAGGACAGCUUCCAAUGAGCCAUUUUCUCAGUCACUGGUUUGUAUAUGAAAGUCUGUUCAAAAUAAUAAUAAUAAUAAUAAAAAAAAAACUGCUGUUAAAAUCUUAA